GCCAGUGGCUUCCAAUUCUCCUCCACCCAAUUGAUAAUCCACCACUAUCCAAUCAAAAAGGCAAAAAUCAACCCAUCCCUUCAUUCCCUCAUCUCAAUUCUUCACCAGCACACCCAUCAAAUUUCAUUUCUCCUCCUUCAGCAUCUUAGCCAUGGCUGCUGCCAUUACUUUUGCAGUCUAUUUCCCUUCCUCCAAGUCCUCUUCUCUUUCCACCAGAUCAUCAUUAAUCUCACCAGAUCAAAGAAUCACCUUUAAGAAGGUUCCUCUCAAUUAUGUUCCCUGUGGUGGGAGAGUGGUUUCUGUUAGAGCCCAGGUCACCACAGAGGCUCCUCCAAAGGUUGUGAAGGAAUCCAAGAAAAAUGAGGAAGGAGUUGUGGUUAACAAGUUCAAGCCCAAGAACCCUUACAUUGGCAGGUGCCUCCUCAACACUAAAAUCACUGGUGAUGAUGCCCCUGGAGAGACUUGGCACAUGGUCUUCAGCACUGAAGAUGAGAUUCCCUACAGAGAAGGGCAAUCCGUUGGGGUGAUUCCUGAUGGUGUUGACAAGAAUGGCAAACCCCACAAGCUGAGAUUAUAUUCAAUUGCCAGCAGUGCUAUUGGUGAUUUUGGGGAUUCAAAAACUGUGUCUCUAUGUGUCAAAAGGCUAGUGUAUACAAAUGAGAAUGGAGAACUUGUUAAAGGAGUCUGCUCAAAUUUCUUGUGUGACUUGAAACCAGGGUCAGAAGUAACAAUUACAGGGCCUGUUGGGAAGGAAAUGCUUAUGCCAAAAGAUCCAAAUGCCACAAUCAUCAUGCUUGCAACUGGAACUGGAAUUGCUCCUUUCAGAGGAUUUUUAUGGAAAAUGUUCUUUGAGAAGCAUGAGGACUACAAGUUUAAUGGUUUGGCAUGGCUGUUCUUGGGUGUCCCCACAAGUAGCUCAUUGUUGUAUAAGGAGGAAUUUGAGAAGAUGAAGGAGAAGGCCCCUGACAACUUCAGGGUAGACUUUGCUGUCAGCAGAGAGCAAACCAACGAGAAAGGCGAAAAGAUGUAUAUUCAGACCCGGAUGGCACAAUACGCUGAAGAGUUAUGGGAAUUACUCAAGAAGGAUAACACCUUUGUCUACAUGUGUGGAUUAAAGGGAAUGGAGAAGGGAAUUGAUGACAUUAUGGUAUCCUUGGCUGCCAAAGACGGCAUUGAUUGGACGGAGUACAAGAGGCAGUUGAAGAAGGCUGAGCAAUGGAAUGUGGAAGUCUACUAAUACUCUGGAAUUUGUAGAAAUUGUAGAAAUCUCCCGCUUUUCUUUUCUCUUUUUGAUUUUUUUUUUCCAUUUUUCCCCUAUUUUGAGGAGCCGUCCUACAAUUAUUCCCACUGCAAUAUGUAGAUAAAGAAUGAAUUUUUAUCUCUCCCCCUUUUUUCCAUGAUUAUUUUGCCUAUUUUCAUGAAGGACUAUUAUUUUUAUUG